AUGGCAGCUGUAAUCUGUGGACAGCAGCUUACAGAAUGUUUCAUAAAAUAUGCUCCCUCUGCCUUUAUUCGGGAUCAUUUCAUUUUCGAUUCUCUAACGGAAGUCCAUGAAAAGGAUGAUUCAAUUAUACUAUUGAAAGACCAAGAAGAAGAUUAUUUUGAACGACUGUUAUGUGACUUAAAAGAGCAUGUCAUUACAAGACAUAAAGAUACAGUAGAACUGUUACUACAGAACAAUGCUGAUGAAGAUCUGUGUGAUGACAAUGGAUUGUCUCCAUUGUUUGCGGCCUGUUCUAAAGGACAUAAAGAUACAGUAGAACUGUUACUGCAGAACAAUGAUGAUGUCAAUCAGUGUAAUGAUUUAGAAUGGUCUCUAUUGUUUCUGGCCUGUGAAGGAGGACAUAAAGAUACAAUAGAACUGUUACUGCAGAAUAAUGCUGAUGUCAAUAAGUGUGAUGAUGAGUAUGGUGAGUCUCCAUUGCAUGUGGCCUGUAGAAAAGGACAUGAACAUACCGUAGAACUGUUACUUCAAAACAAUGCUGAUGUCUCUCAGUAUGAUAAGGAUGGAUGGUCUCCAUUGUUUGUGGCCUUUUCUAAAGGACAUAAAGAAACAGUAGAACUGUUACUACAGAACAAUGCUAAUGUCAAUCAGUGUAAUAAGAAUGGAUUGUCUCCAUUGUAUUUGGCCUGUGAAGGAAGACAUAAAGAUACAGUAGAACUGUUACUUGAGAACAAUGCUGAUGCCAAUCAGUGUAAUAAGACGGGUGAGUCUCCGUUGUAUGUGGCUUGUAGAGAAGGUCAUAACGAUAUAGUAGAACUGUUGCUUCAGAACAAGGCUGAUGUUUCUCAGUGUAACAUAAACAAAGAGUCGUUAUUGUAUGUGGCAUGUGGUGAAGGACAUACAGAUACAGUAGAACUGUUACUGCAGAACAAGGCUGAUGUUUCUCGGUGUAAUGAUGACGGAAAGUCUCAAUUUUAUGUGGCCUGUAAAGGAGGACAUAAACAAACAGUAGAACUGUUACUACAGAACAAGAUUGAUGUCAAUCAGUGUUAUAACAAUGGUGAGUCUCCAUUGUAUUUGGCCUGUAGAAGAGGAUAUAAAGAUACAGUAGAAUUGUUACUUCAAAACAAAGCUGAUGCCAAUCAGUGUGAUGAUAAUGGUGAGUCUCCAUUGUAUGUGACCUGUAGAGAAGGACAUAACGAUAUAGUAGAACUGUUGCUUCAGAACAAGCCUGAUGUUUCUCAGUGUAACAGAAACAAAGAGUCUUUAUUGCAUGCGGCCUGUGCUGAAGGACAAAGAGAAACAGUAGAACUGUUACUUCAGAACAAGGCUGGUGUCAAUCAGUGUAAUUAUGAUGGAGAGUCUCCGUUGCAUGUAGCCUGUAAAGGAGGACGUAAACAUACAAUAGAUAUGCUACUUCAGAACAUUGCUGAUAUCUCUCAGUGUGAACAAGAAGAUGGAAUAUAAUCUUUACAUGUGGCUUGUGAUAUUUAUUCAUUUAGCAAUCAAAUAUAUGAUAUGUAUACUUUCGACGAGAGAUAUCCAGGUCACAUUGAAACUGUAGAACUAUAACUUACAUGGAAUGGAGAUGUUCGACUGUGUGAUAAGAAAGGUCAGACACCACUUGAUAUUGCCCACAAAUCACAGUCCGUAGCAAUUUUAAAUCUUUUUAGUAAACAUCUCCAAUUAAAAGCAUUACAAUUAAAUUAACUAUCUAAUAAACUAUGGAUUUGACAUGAAUACUAGUUACAAUGUAGAAAAUAUUAGUCAUUUUAUGCAUAUUAGUUUAUGUACUUUAUAUUUAUAACUUUAGUAUAUGUAUACUUUAAAAGAGAGAUAUCCAGAUCACAUUGAAACUGUAGAACUAGAAUCAUGUGCAAAACAGUGUAGCCGAGACCA